AGAGGACCCACCAUUGAUACCAAGGUAUUUCGCUAAUGUGCUAGCUAGCCUAUGGAAAAUAGACUAGGUGGCACGUAGGCUACAGUAUAUCUGUAGGAUAUUGGCAGCCCAUGGGAGACUUACUCUAUGUGCAGGUUGUUGUUCAAGCCCUGCUCUAACACCUUGAUCAGCUAGUCAAGGCCGUAAUAUACUAAAAUAUCCAGGAGAGUUGACCACCCUCCCCAAAAUAUUUUGUUUUUAUCUCACAGACUUCAAUCCUUGACUACUAUAUAUAUUCAUGACAUGAAGGGGCUUUUUUGCAGAUAUGUGUAUUUUAACAUGGACAGGGAGGAUGGCAUGAUGUCAAGAUGGUUGAUAUUCAAACCGUGUUCCUUCCUUGCAGUUUGUCUAGAGAUGCCAGCCUAUGGAGGAUGACAGUGGCAGUGAUCGUGAAGAUGAGUUGCCUCAAGUUGUCAUUCUCAAAAAGGGAGAUCUGAGCGCUGAAGAAGUGUUACAGAUAAAAGGGGUAAAGGAUGGUACAGAAAAAGGUAAGAACAAUUAAUUGUACAAAUAAAUUGUUUUUAAAAAGCCUAAACUAUCAAGGGAACUUGGUGUUAAUUGGCGUGUGUGUCUGACUGUGUUGUCUGUACUGUGUGUCUGAACUUAAUUGCCUCUUCUCCUUGCCCCUACGAAGACAAGCCUCCUGCGGACGGCAAGAUCCUGUUCAAGAAGCCCACGAAGCGCUCCUCAGACAAGUUCAGGGCAUCACCGCCAGCUCUAGCAAGAAGAGAAGAGUGA